GCGCUCUGUGAUUGGUUACACUACUUCCUGUCGUCCAUGCAUACACGUGAAGGUCAGCAACAGAGCCAUAAGGCAUUCAUAAGAAAAAUAUUGCUUUUAAGACCACUUUUUAGCACAUUAUGAACGGUCAGGGAGCAACCGCCGACCCUCAGCUUCAGCACUUCAUCGAAAUCGAGUCUCAAAAACAACGAUUUCAGCAGCUGGUGCAUCAGAUGACUGAGGUUUGCUGGGAGAAAUGUAUGGAUAAACCCGGACCAAAGAUGGACUCAAGGACAGAUACGUGCUUCGUAUACUGUGUGGAGCGAUUUAUUGACACCAGCCAGUUCAUCCUAAACAGGCUGGAACAGACUCAGAAGAGCAAGGGUCCAUUCUCUGAGACCAUAUCAGACUAAAAACUGAAAGGACUGACAAUACACAUGCGCACACAGCCCCUCUUCCACGACGAAGCCGUGUUGUCUUGACGUAGUUUUCUGUCCCUUCAACUGGAAAACAACAUUGUUGCUUUUGACACAAGUGCCUCAAAUUAACAUGAUUUAUGGAUGCAAAAGAUAAGGGUGCCCAUCAAAGUGUCAUAAGUGUUGCAGAACACUUAAAUUGGUCUGUUACUAGCAAUGACCUCAUGUUUGUUUGUCAAGUAACUACUGGUCAAACUGUCAAACGGAGCUUGAACAGGUUAGUACCCACUGCUGUAACUGGUGGAUGAAGUUUAGGAGACUGCAAAAAGAUGGACACAUCUGGGACAUUGAGCUUCAGCCAGCUGUUCAGCCACAAGUACUUCACCACAAACUCGGCUGUAAUUUAAGAGUACUAACCAAUGUCGUAACCGAAGAGAAGAGGCGUGAGGUUCUGGACUGUACAUAUGCAAUAAACCAUGCCAAAUA